GCCUUCAUGCUGUGGGAGUUAUCAGCGGUCGCGGUAAAAGUCAGGUUCGGUGGAUUGAGCGGCAGCACCGAGCUUCUGCUCCCUCCACAUCCGGGGUCAACUACCUUGGGUCAGGUGCGAGGGUUUCCAUCUGGUCUGGAGCAGACAUAUAUUGUUUACAGCGCAAUUUCUGCGAAAGAGACAGAUCACUUGGACAUCCAGCCCCAGGGAUCCAAACAGGCUGAAGCAUUUGUCAAUGCCUUUCUCAAGCACAGUUUACCACAGUUGGAUGCUGAGCAGAUUCAGAAACAUUUGGACAGAAAAGCUGUUAUUCUCGACCAUUUCUUAAAGAAGCGCAAGAAAGAGAAGAGGAGAAAAACAAAAUGCCUGUCUGCUAAAAAAAGACGAGAAUUGAGAAUAUUUGAGCUCAAACCUGAACAACAAAGAUAUGAAUUGUUUCUCCCUUUGCAUGAGUUGUGGAAGCAAUACAUUCGAGACUUGUGUAAUGGUUUGAAACCUGACAUGCAGACACAGAUGAUCCAGACUAAAUUACUGAAGGCAGAUUUUCACGGAGCCAUUGUGACGGUGGUGAAAUCCAAGUGUCCCUCCUAUGUAGGGGUCACAGGAAUUAUUCUACAGGAAAUGAAACACAUCUUCAAGAUUAUCACUGAGGAAAAUAAGCUUAAAGUUAUUCCCAAGCAAAACAGUGUCUUCAGUGUGGAAAUCGAUGGCUUUGUUUCCUAUAUCUACGGCAGCAAGUUUCAACUGAGAUCAAGUGAACGUUCUGCUAAGAAAUUUAAAGGGAAAGGAAGCAUAGACCUUUAAAUCCAGAGCGGUGCAGCUGAUGUCCAAUAGCAACUGCAGUCAUUGGUUUCUUGACACAGCUUCACUGGAAGAGAUGUGGCCCUGUAUGUUCAGUCCUAUCAGCGGAAGCAUGAAUCGAUUGUCUUGUCUGCUAGGAUUUUUUUAAGCUUGCAGCACAAUUCCCUAUCAGAUUCCUGCACUCAUUGCUGGGCAAUGAAAGGAUUUGUCACAACAUUCAGUAAACGUCUCAAAAUGUACAUUAUCUUUUUAGACAGUGAAUUACCACAUACUGAAAACAUUUUUUGUUUACGAAAUGUUUGGUUUCAUUAAAGUUCAUUAAAAUAUAAAA